AUGGACGUACAAAUCUUCCUCAAAAUCCUUUGCGCAAAAGGCACUCGCCCACCAUACAACUAUUCCGAACGGUACAUCCGAAACACAUUUUUCGUCUACAUUGAAGAAGGAAAUCGCCUCAAUGGAGCUUCCUUAGAACAAGAAGCCGAAGCGAUAAGUCUCUGGACUUGGGAAGAUUUGUUUGGUAAAGAACCGUAUCCGGAACCGAUUUGGUUGGCUAAGAGGGGACGUGGUUCCUCGGAACCGAAGACAGCAAAGGAAACUAGUGUGCAAGCUUCAGUCUCGGAAUUAAAGAAGGAAGAGAAGAGUGAUGUGCCGGUUUCUGUUGCGGAAACGGGGAAUACUUCGGGGAUGGAGAGGGUGGAGUUUCUGGGGAUUGAGAUGGGGGUAUGGCGUUAUUUGGGCCUUGUGAGUGCAGGAGUGCUUUUGGGUGGACUUUUUGCAAGUUCUCGAGUGAGAGAUUUUUUUGGUCAGUGGGUUACAUGGGGAUUUAGUAGAUAGGGUGCGAAUGGGCAUUCGUUUCAAUGGAUGAAGUGUGUUGCUUCAUAUUGGUUGUAGGAUGAUACGACGGAUUUGUUGGGAGGCACGAACCGAAGGCUUAAAUUUUUUAGUUCUAAGUGGAUAUUGUGAGAUGGGCGACGUUUUUGUAUGAGUCCAGAUGUUACUAUGACUUUGUAGCGUGGUUUAAUUCGGGUUUCAAUUGUGUAUAAGAUAGAGUCGAAGUAUCGCAUCGGCUGCUCAAAAGUAGUAUCAGACUGGU